AUGGAUAACCACUUCGACGAAGCCUGGUGUCCAGUUUGUGAUAGGCAAAUCAUGCCUAAGCGGUAUACAGUACCCGUCCUCCCACAACCUCAAGAACCCACACCUGUCCCCACGUCAUCCCCAGCAUCGUCAUCUCGUGAGUCUUCGUCGAAAAAUCAACAGAGUGACUCUACUACACGUACUUCCCGAACGAAAACUGGGGCCGUUCGCGCAAAGAAUGGCCUUGUGCAAGGUACCGGUCGUCUCAAGCCUAAUGGAGCAAUAAAACGAUCCGACUCGACGACAACGGCAAACAAGGGGCGUGCCUCGCCAUCUCAACCUCAACAACCUGUCGCACCUGUCAAGCACCGUACCGUCAUCGACCAGGGUCCAAUCCCUCUUUACUGUUCGGAUGAGUGUCGUCUCCAAGACUUGGCAAGACUUGAUGGUGCUUACCCACUCAACUACCACCCUGAUCGCUCAUCGCCACCUCUUCCUCGCGUUCCUCAUAAUUCUUUCGAGAGGCGGUAUUGCGAAUCAGAAGAUGAAUCCACCAGCACUUCCGGAUCAUCACUUGACUCAGGUUUUUCGUCUUCCGCACCGGUCGUCACUGUCUCUCGCAGUAUGGCCACGCUUGCCGCCCUGUACAACUUCCCUCCCUUACCUCCUGCGCCACCUAUUUUGUCACCGGCUGACAGCACGUCCUCAUUGAUGCCCGAGUAUCACAACGAUUAUCAGGGCGGGACAAUGAUGGCAAGCAAGCGUAUCAAGGAAGUGUUGUGCCUGCCACGCGCCAAGCCUUCGUCGUUUUAUAGUGAACCACCUCAACCUAGGAAACCAGUUCCUGGUUGGACCGACGGCGGUAGUGAAUGGCGUCAAUCAGUGUAUGGCGGAUACUCUAAACGUUCAGACAAUGCAUCUGUUGGGUCCGAGAAACCCCAGACCUCAUUUGCAGCAUCGUCACAUCGUGGUGUUCAAUGGACUUCGACACUUUCCCAGUCAAAUUCAUCUAGUGCUCUUGCUGCGCAGUGUCCUGUCUCCAACCUGCCUCCUCCUCGUUCGACUCAGUCGUACAGCGAAGAGUUGUACACCAAAUAUUCCUUGCCUCUUUCUCGCAGAUCAGAAUCACGUAUGUCGCUUUUCCCUCACUCGGCGUCUUCUUCCGCACAAUCACCUCCGCUGUCUCCUACUUCCACAUCUUCGUCCAGUCGACGUCGUCGUGAAGUCCCUCUGCUCAAGCGAGGUGCAGAGGGUCGUCUACUAGUUCCCGACGUCAUACUCACUCGAAAUAACUCGAGCAUGGGUUUGUUAUCGCAACGUGUUGCGAAACCUUUAACGCGGCACCCCAGCGAAGUGAGUGAAGACAGUAUCUUGAGUGACACCACGUCCGAAUCACUUGGUACCCGGUCCCGACCUGCACCACAAACUCGCGCAUGGUCAUACGAUAACAUCAAGACUUACCCUGUGAUGAUGCCUCCUGCAAAGAAGGAGAAACGCAUCGAGCAUCGCAUGGUUGAUGGCGAGGUUAAGGAGGUCGAAGUCGAGGUUGAAGUGGUUCAACCUGUGAAGCGCCUCUUCCUGUUCCCUGGCAAGGACACAACUCCUGUGGGACGGUCCUAA